GCUUAUUAGCCGCGCCUGCGCACUCGCGCGGAAACCCAGACGGGCACAAGAUGGCGGCGCUGCGGGCCAUUCGAGGGAUGGUGAACGGGGCCGUGUCCGAGCUGAGCGGCGGAGGGGCGCCCCGGGAGCAGGCGGCCGCCGUCACCCGCGACUACCUGUCCCAGCCCCGCCUCACAUAUAAAACGGUAUCUGGAGUCAAUGGGCCAUUAGUAAUCUUGGAUCAAGUGAAGUUUCCUAGAUAUGCAGAGAUUGUGCAUUUGACGCUACCCGAUGGAACAAAGAGAAGUGGGCAGGUGCUAGAAGUCAGUGGAUCCAAAGCUGUAGUUCAGGUUUUUGAAGGAACUACAGGAAUAGAUGCAAAGAGGACAUCUUGUGAAUUUACUGGGGAUAUCCUUCGAACCCCAGUAUCUGAAGAUAUGCUUGGUCGCGUGUUUAACGGAUCAGGGAAACCCAUCGACAGAGGCCCUAUGGUCUUGGCUGAAGACUACUUGGAUAUCAUGGGUCAACCAAUCAAUCCUCAAUGUCGAAUCUACCCAGAAGAGAUGAUUCAGACUGGCAUUUCAGCUAUAGAUGGCAUGAACAGUAUUGCCAGAGGACAGAAAAUCCCUAUUUUCUCUGCUGCUGGGUUGCCCCAUAAUGAGAUAGCAGCUCAGAUCUGUCGCCAGGCAGGAUUGGUGAAGAAAACUAAAGAUGUGAUGGACUAUAGUGAAGAGAAUUUUGCCAUUGUGUUUGCUGCUAUGGGAGUGAAUAUGGAAACAGCUCGGUUCUUCAAAUCUGACUUUGAGGAGAAUGGAUCCAUGGACAAUGUGUGUCUGUUCCUGAACCUGGCCAAUGAUCCAACCAUUGAGCGCAUCAUCACUCCUCGUCUUGCCCUGACCACAGCAGAGUUCUUAGCUUAUCAGUGUGAGAAGCACGUCUUGGUCAUUUUGACGGAUAUGAGCUCCUAUGCAGAAGCUCUGAGAGAGGUCUCAGCAGCCAGGGAAGAAGUGCCAGGCCGACGUGGCUUCCCUGGUUACAUGUACACAGAUUUGGCCACUAUCUAUGAACGGGCUGGGCGAGUCGAAGGCCGGAAUGGGUCCAUUACCCAGAUUCCUAUUCUUACUAUGCCCAAUGACGACAUUACCCACCCUAUUCCUGACUUGACAGGAUACAUUACUGAAGGCCAGAUCUAUGUAGAUAGACAGCUGCACAACAGACAGAUUUACCCACCUAUCAAUGUCCUUCCCUCUUUGUCUCGAUUGAUGAAAUCUGCUAUUGGAGAGGGGAUGACAAGGAAAGAUCAUGCUGAGGUUUCAAACCAAUUGUAUGCCUGCUAUGCCAUUGGGAAGGAUGUUCAAGCCAUGAAAGCUGUUGUAGGAGAGGAGGCACUUACUUCAGAUGAUCUUCUCUAUCUUGAAUUCCUGCAGAAGUUUGAGAGGAACUUCAUUGCUCAGGGGCCCUACGAAAACCGCACUGUUUACGAGACCUUGGACAUUGGCUGGCAGCUGCUGCGCAUCUUCCCCAAGGAGAUGCUGAAGCGGAUCCCUCAGAGUACGCUGGCAGAGUUCUACCCCCGAGAUUCCACCGCAAAGCACUAGUUGCACCUUCAGCUCCACAAAAACGCUGGGUUUUUCUUCCCUUGUGUUGGUGUUUACUUGUCAUCCCUGUAAUUAAAACCAAGAAUAAGUGACAUAUUUGUGCCAGUGUUCCUGAUGUUUUAAGCUGAUAACAGAGUUUAAAAUAUUCUCUUUCUAAAGCUCCUGGAUCUCGAGUGGUUGACAGUUCUAUACAAAGGAGGAAAUGAACUGUCUUCACAACCUUUAAUUUGAUAUCUGGGUGAGAGGAAGGGGGGAUCAGAAAAUACUUUGUUCAUUGGCCUGCAAAGUUAUUAAUAGCCACAGAAGAGAUGGUGUUGAAGAAAUCCUCUUCUUGACUUGGCCAUCUUGGUCCAUCCAAAUUUCUGCUGCUCCAGGCCUGUUGCAUAGGACUUAAUGUAUUCUAUGUAGACAUGCCAACAGAAUGAGAGAGAGUAGAAUGAAUGUAAUGACAGGAUAUUACCCCCCCCCCCCCCCUCUUUCAAUAAUGACAGAGAAAUUUUACACACAAAGACCUUGCAAUGUUUGCACACCCCAGUGCUUGCUGAAUGGACAUGUACACGAUUCCUACCUCUUCUGUGAAUUUUGGCCUGAGAGUCACUGCUGACUACUCCAAUUGGUCAGUUUCACACUUUCCAUCCACAUGUUCAGAUGUGGACAUUAAUGUGAAGCGGUAGCAAAAUAGGUAUCUUACACCCACUUUUUCCAGAAUAGUUUGGGCUGAAAAGCUAUGCUGGUAGAAGUGCAGUGUUGAUAGCUACUGAUUAGUUUGAACAGUGUUAGUCUUUAUAACCAGCCUGAGGGUCAACAUUUGAACAAAGCUGGAGCACCUAUUUGUAAUAUAACUUUUCCCUCAGAAAAUACACCAGGUUGGGGUUUGUGAUUUGUUAGUCUAGGCAGGCUUGGACUAAAUGAGAUAGUAAAAAGUGAAGGCAAACUGGAUAUGUGAAGGGAUAUUUUAAAUUCUGUUAUUGAGCAGCCCUUUGGAUGAUACUUGGUUUUGAACCACACCUGACCUUGGGUUUGUACUGAAGCAACCUUCCAAAUAAGAAAUUGGCUAGCUGUAUGAAACUAGAUGAGAAAGAAAGAAAAAUAGUGUGGCAUUUGUCCUGUGUGUCAUUGGCAGCCAAGCACUUGUAUGGAAUGAGCCUCAGUAGAAUUCAAAGCCCAGGAGCCAGUAGGAUCUGUGUGUCUUUGCCUUGAUUUUGCUUUCCAGGCCAUUCCUUGGGGCCACUCCCAGCACUCCAGCUUCAACGACCCAGCUUGCAAACUGUUGGCAGCAUCCAAGAUCCUGCCUGGGGGGCUUGUGAUGGCUCAGGCGGCGUAGACUGUGCUGGAUCCAGCCUCUCCCUUCCGCAGCCCUCCGAUGCUCUCUCCUAUGCAGAUCUCCUUUGUAUUGUUUUGGUCUGUGUGCUCUGUAUCAGUUCAGUAGCAUUUUCUUUACUCUAGCGCAUUCCAUCAAAGUUGUGUCAAUUCUAUAUUUUUCUCUGGACAGAAGAGGGGGGAAUCAUGGGGAUGGGGAGAUAGCAUGAAAUAUUUUAAUGUAGGAAACUGUGAUACCUAAAUUAAGUUAAACAUGAAAAAUAAAUGUUCAACAAAGUGGAACUCUG